AUGGAGAAUUCAACUGAAAUAGUGUUUGUCCUCCAAGGACUGAAUGGGACGAUGACAAACAAACGCGCCUACUUUGCCCUUACUCUUCUCGCUUACAUCUGUACUAUUUUGGUGAACUUGACUUUGAUUGUGACAGUUACUUUGGAGAAAACGCUGCAUGAGCCCAUGUUUAUAUUUCUGUGUAACUUGUGUGUAAAUGGGAUAUUUGGGGCCUCUACGUUUUAUCCGAAAAUAUUAGUGGACCUUUCAUCUGAUUGGAGUGUUAUUUCGUACGAAGCUUGUCUUGCUCAAAUGUUUGUAAUAUACAGCUAUACCUUCUGCGAAAUGACUACGCUAACAGUGAUGGCUUACGACAGGUAUGUCGCGAUUUGCAAGCCGCUCAAUUAUCACUCCAUCAUGACGCCCCGGAAGGUGAUGAAAUUGCUGCUUUUUACCUGGCUAUUAUCCAUCUGUGAAUCAGUUAUUGGGAUGGCUCUGGUAGCCAGACUACCUCUGUGUGGAUUCAACAUUGAAAAGCUUUACUGCACUAACUGGGCAGUGAUAAAGUUGUCAUGUGUAGACACCACAAUCAACAACAUAUACGGAUACACUCUCACGUUUUCUCAUAUUUCACAAGCAGUACUGAUCUUGAUUUCCUAUGUUAAUAUCAUCAAAGCAUCUGUGCGCUCGCAGGAACAACGAAAUAAGUUCAUGCAGACAUGUUUGCCACAUUUAAUCACAUUGAUCAACUUUUUCAUUGCACUCGUUUUUGACAUCAUGUACGCUCGGUAUGGUUCCCGCAACCGCCUGCACGCUCUCCGCAAUUUCAUGUCCCUGGAGUACCUCGUAGUUCCACCGCUCCUAAACCCCCUCAUCUACGGCCUGAAACUGAAACAGAUCCGCAGGAGAAUCUUUAGAAUUUGCAGCCGGAAAAUAGAUGCUCUAAAGUGA